AACGUUAUCCUAUAUGUCUAUCGCAUAAAAACAUUUUAGAAAUUCAAGACGUGACCUUUUAGUGCAAAUGCGCUUACUGGAAGACAAUCGGUACCUCUUGGCGAUAAUAGAUAAUUACCGAGUUUCACGAGUAGUGCGAAAGUAAUUUUCUUGCAGAAGGAACAGACGUAUUAUUGCACUGUGAUGCCAUUCUCCGAUGAGAUUACCAUUGCCUUACUUGUGGCAAAAAACCGCCCUUGGAGUUUGUCACUGCAAGACGACAGCAAAGACUCUGUAACUACAAAGUGCCUGUGCUGGGCGAGUUCUGUACCAGCGUCUCCGGACAUGGCUCUUAUGGAGCAAGGUGAAAAUGCCCCAGAUGAAAAUUGUAGACGGCUUGUGGUGCUCGGAUCUAGUAAAGUUGGAAAAACUUCUAUUGUGUCUAGAUUUUUAAAUAACAAAUUUGAAGAGACAUACACCCCGACAAUUGAGGAUUUUCACAGGAAAAUAUACAAAAUUCGAGGGGAGGCGUACCGCUUGGACAUACUUGACACAUCAGGCAACCAUCCGUUUCCAGCAAUGAGGCGUUUGUCAUUCAUUACAGGCGAUCUCUUUAUAUUAGUCUACUGUAUUUCCAACAGAGAGAGCUUUGAAGAAGUGACAAGACUCCGGAAACAGAUAAUCGAGUGUAAAAAUCAGUGUAAAUUAGGCUCCACAAACAGGAAGACAAUGUAUACACCUAUGAUUUUAGUUGGGAACAAAUGCGACAGAGAAAAGGAUCGAGUCAUUGACCCUUCAGAGCCUCAAGCUUUAAUAGCAGGGCAACAACAAGCAGAUUUCAUUGAAACAUCUGCCAAAAAGAAUAUUAACAUCGAAGAAAUAUUCGUUCGUUUAUUCAAACUUGCUAAAUUACCAACAGAAAUGAGUCCCGCUUUACAUCGUAAAGUGACACCGUCAUACGUCAGUAAUAGUGUUGCAAAUCCUAGUCGGAAAGGUGUUUCUAUCCGACGUAGAAUGAGUGAUGCUUGUGGAGCCAUCGCACCAAAUGUCCGCCGUCCAAGUAUUCGGACGGAUCUCCUUGUUGCGCAGACACGAACAAAUUUGAAUUCAUUGCCAGGAACUGGGGCUCGUGAAUCACGGUGUAUUAUUCAAUAAAACGAGUAUGACCCUGUGCUAUUCGAUAGAAACGUUCAUUAGACCGUUAUUCAGUAAAAUGUUGUGAAUAAGUUCGAUGUUUGUCAGAAAAAGGAAAAGUAAGCUCGGACAUUAUGUUGGUAUUUAAAGGAAGAAUACUACUUGCAAAAGGUUUUAGGAAUACGAAAUUGUUGUGUUAUGAUAACUGUAGAAAGAUGAUAUUGCGUUGAAGAAGUCGACAGGAAAUGUGUUUUACGUUACGACUUUGGAGCUGUCAUGCUCGGCUAUGAAUUGAAUGAUUUUGAAGUAUUUUAUUUGGAGUGUAUGUAUGUAAUAUGUACAUAAUUAUGGUAGUGUCACAGCAUUUUUAGUGUAAGCUUCAGUAACGUAUAAUGUGAAUGAGUCAAAAUUCGACUAUUAAUAUUUAGACUUAUCAAAAUCAGAGAAACAAUGUAUACAUUCCAGAUGAACAGUUCUUUACGUUAAUUAUCUAAUUUCAACCUGAUAUAUAAAUCUGAAACGUUCAUCAAAAGAAAGUGUGAAGUGUUCGAUAGUUAUUGCAUGUGAAAUUUCUAAAUCAGCUCAUCAUUGGCUUAUUAGAUAUUUCAAUAAAACCAUUAUUAGCACAAACUCAAGCCAGUCUUAUCUUGAACUGAUUAGAAAUAUUUUCUUGCAUUUUAUAGUGAAUUGAUUAAUUAUACAGGUAUUUAUAUACGUUUGGUUUUCUAAAGUGCCAAAUUAUUGAAUAUGUAUUCAAUACUUACCAUACUAUACUUGUACAUAUCUCCAAGGCCUUGUCUGUGAAGCAUUUUAAGUUUAUUGAAUUUGUUGUACUGUAAAAUGUUUCUAGCCUUUCAUAUCACUAGAAAAGAAACAAAUGUACAUUUCGUACGUUAAUUAAGUAGACAUCUAAUUUUGUUCAUAUUUUGUUCCAAUUUAUUGCAGUAUCAAAUUUAUUAUAGUAUAACUAAACGCUAUCCGAACAAAGCUUGAUUACUUACAUCAAGUUCGGUAAAGUCAAUUUAGGCAACGUGUUCUACGUGACUCACAAGAACACAGAUAGACAAAAAGGGAACGGCAUUUGUACUACUCUGAAAUAUCUUCAUAGGAGUUCUGAUACUUACAUGAUUAGAUAUCGAAAGUAGAAAAAGUUCUUUGGAGUCCGACCUUUUACCUUCAUUGGAACAUAUUAUUAAUGCUGAAUUUAAAACUAUGUGCAGUUCCCUCGAAUGGUAUAAAUAACAUAUGCCUGCGUCAUGAUAACUAGUUUCAUUUUGAUGUAGUAAAUAGCAAUUGAUGAACGUUGUUUUGGUACUUUGUCAGUUUAAUGUCGAAACUUUGUUGUUAGAAAAUUUUAAUAUUGUUCUAUGUUGUCAAUUGUUACAACAGCUUUUCUUGAAAUGUUUGGUUUUGUAAAAACAUUACAUGAAAGUGACAUUAACAUCAAUAUUUUUGUAGUGGCUUUAUAAUAAAGUGUAUAUAAUUCAG